CGGCUAUUAUGUAACAAGUGUAGACCCACCUUAACACAUCCAGCAGACGUGCGCACUCUGAUUUAUCGUCUAUCUCUUUCUAACCUAUGCGAAAAGUCGUAUUGACAAGAGAGACAGGAAACGUACGUGACACGAAUCCUCCUAUCAAAAUUUAUCAGUUCGUAUUUUGACUUUCACGACCUCCAAACGUCCUUUCAGUCAGUCUCAUUCACCCAGUUCAUUGGUAAAGGUGUAUUUUUCUUUGCCCUGAAAGUAAGUGUUGAUUUUGAGUACUUUUCAUAAGAAUUUCCCUAUUUGCUUAGCUAGCUCGGUUGGCAGCCGAGCGUCAAAAAUUAGGUUAGAUUUACGUUUUGAGAAAUUGUGCAAUUGUCUUUUGCUCGAGAUCAGGUUUUUGGCACGUAUUUCUAGCAGAUUAUUAGUAUUUUUAACAAAUUUCAUAACAAUUACUAGAUAUAUUAUUUACUUUGUAAUAGUAUUUAUUAUAGCUGCCUUUAUGAUAUACAGUAGAACAUUGUUUGUUGGGGCAAGAAGACGUUUCUUUAUAAUUGACCUGACGGUUACUCUUGAUACUGUCUUCCACCAAUAGAAAUGACAACCCACUGGAACUACCCCGACCCCGCGCUGCAAGAUGAGCUUCGCAAAAUCGCCAACGCGAUCGUGGCCCCAGGAAAAGGUAUUUUGGCCGCUGACGAGUCAGUGUCCACCAUGGGGAAACGUUUGGCUGACAUCGGACUGGAGAACACCGAUGAAAACAGGAGGAAAUACAGACAGUUGCUUUUCACGACCUGCCCCACAAUCGGCGACAACAUCUCCGGAGUGAUCCUGUUCCACGAAACUCUGUACCAAAAGGCCGAUGACGGUACUCCGUUCCCGGAACUGUUAAAACAGAGAGGAAUCAUUCCCGGAAUCAAAGUAGACACCGGAGUUGUGCCGCUUUUCGGAAGUCAGGAUGAGUGCACCACACAAGGUCUGGACGAUUUGGCGAAACGUUGCGCCCAAUACAAGAAGGACGGCUGCCACUUCGCCAAGUGGCGAUGCGUGUUGAAGAUCAACGAGCACACCCCCUCCGUCCAGGCGUUGAUCGAGAACGCAAACGUUCUCGCCAGGUACGCUUCCAUUUGUCAGGCAAACAGGAUCGUACCGAUUGUCGAGCCCGAAAUCCUGCCCGACGGUGCGCACGAUCUCGAGAGGACGCAGAAGGUCACCGAGACCGUUUUGGCAUACGUAUACAAGGCUCUAGCCGAUCACAACGUCUACCUAGAAGGCACCCUGCUGAAACCGAACAUGGUAACCGCUGGUAUGCAGAGCGCUAACAAGGCCACCCCCGAACAGGUGGCGAAAGCGACAGUGACAGCUCUGCAACGCACCGUGCCAGCUGCCGUGCCCGGAAUCACCUUCUUGUCCGGCGGACAGUCCGAGGAGGAGGCUAGCGUUAACCUGGACGCGAUGAACAAAUUCCCCGGCAAGAAACCGUGGGCACUGACAUUCAGUUACGGUCGUGCUUUACAAGCUUCCGUUUUGCGGGCUUGGGCAGGCAAAGACGAAAACGUCAAGGCUGGACAGGAUGAACUUCUCAAGCGUGCCAAGGUGAGUUUUUUUAUACUGGGUGGUGUAUAGUAAACACACAAGUCUAGAUUAAAUUCGGGAAAAUGGUGGUAUUGAGUGACAAAAAAGUUAAUCAGCUCCGUAUGGUUGGCAACUUGUUUAAUCUGUUCAACGGCAAGUAGACCACUUCUACUUUCAGAAAGAAUCAUCAGCCAUCUAGCGGCACGGCUAUUAAGCGCGAACCGAGAUCCAUGACAGUUCUAACUGAGUAGCGAUGCGCGAUCCAAAAAGGUCGAUUCUGGUGCGAUAGAUGGCGCUGUAAUUUCUGUGUCGACUGGUUUAUCCAAGAGCCUCAUUUUGUGUUUUUGUUCAGGCUAACGGCGAUGCUUCUCUGGGCAAAUACGUAGCAGGUAGUGUUGCUGGCAAAGCUGGAGACGCUGGACUUUUCGUCAAGAACCAUGCCUACUAAGGAAAGAACGCACACCUGCCAAAAUUGGCCGAAUUCGUCGUGAAAUCAGAAAUUUUAGUUAUUUUUUAUUGGCUUUUUGUAUAUACAUAUAUUUAUUUAACACCUUUUACGAUUACUGAAGGAUUUUAUUGACAUACAAACUGCGAA